ACGAAAUCUCCGCCUUCUUACCUUCAACCCCGAACCAUCGAAUCCUAACGAGCACAAGGCAACGACCUAUCGAAGUUGCCCAUCAUGUCGCUCGUAACGGGAGAGAAGUCGAACUUCCAGUUCAUUCUCCGUCUUCUGAACACCAAUGUCGACGGAAAGCAGAAGGUCAUGUACGCCUUGACCAAGAUCAAGGGUGUCGGUCGCCGAUACUCCAACUUGGUUUGCAAGAAGGCCGAUGUCGAUCUGAACAAGCGCGCCGGUGAGCUCACCUCCGAAGAGCUCGAGCGAAUCGUCACCAUCAUCCAGAACCCCACCCAGUACAAGAUCCCCAGCUGGUUCCUGAACCGACAGCGUGAUAUCGUUGACGGCAAGGACUCUCACAUUCUGGCCAACGGUGUUGACUCCAAGCUCCGUGAUGAUCUCGAGCGCCUCAAGAAGAUCCGCGCUCACCGUGGUCUCCGACACUACUGGGGCCUCCGUGUCCGUGGUCAGCACACCAAGACCACCGGUCGCCGUGGCCGAACCGUCGGUGUCUCCAAGAAGAAGGGUGGUUAAAUAUAACAAUGGUGUUGGUAUUGGGUGGACAGGCGUGACGGCUGGUUUCUCCAUCUUUUCUGAGCAUUUCGAGAGGAUUGCUUUGCGGCAUACGCAGCUAGGGCUGUACUCUAGGUCAGAGUCACGAAUCAAAAGCAUUCAACAACAAAUGUUCCAUUGGAUGACGGAAGGGGUUCUUAAAAUAUUGCGUGAACUCAUGAUAUGAUCGGUACACAGCGAUGGUAGACUCGGGUGCGCAUUGUGGACGCAAAAGGGGUUUAAGGCAUGAGGG